AUCAACCCGUAGGAUUUGAUGUGAAAUUGUUAGCAUGUCGUGAAGUGGCACUUCUCUUGACUCUCUUGAGACAAAUACAAGAAGAAACAAAACGAUCAAAAUUGGUUAGAGCGAGCAUGAGCCAAAUAGAGAAGACAGAGGAGAAUGAAAAGGGAGAAAUCGAGGAAAGCAGUAACGACUCGAGAAGCGUUGGGACUCAAGUUCCGGAGGUGGAGAUCCAUGUAUUCAGGCGUGGCAAGGGUCCAAUCGAGGUGUUGAAGUCGAAGCUAGUAGGGUAUGAACAAGACCAGCUCGACGUCCGUGACAUCCUCGACAAAUACAGCUUCAAAUCCAUCUUCGCUUUCAAUCCCAAUCGAAAUCCCGCCGGUUCCUGCGGCCGUGGCCUCGCCAUACGCUUCAACUCUAGGAAUGGACGCUCUAUCUUGACUUACAGAGACGGCGCAACCAUUUACAUCGAUGGCGAACCCAAGGACUCCCUGAUCCAACCAGUGACCAAGAUCUUGAUUGGGGUAGCAGUUAUAACCAUUUUAAUAGCAUUGGUUUUGAAGGAAACUCCGGCAUGGAUUGAGAAAUUCAACAUAUUUGGUGGGAGCUUCCCUCCAUGGAUCCUUGCUUGUGUGGUUAUUGUAUUCACUCGCAUGAGGAAAAGAACCAAGGACUUGUUAAAAAAGUAUGGUUGGUGAAUAGACAACAUUGGCUUUUCAGCCUACCUUUUUUUUUUUUCCUUUCCUUCUUUCUUUUAGGGCUUUUGUGUUUCUUCAACUCUUUCCAAGUUUUGGCUAAAUCAAGUUUUCUUGAUAAUCCACACAUUUAAGUAGAUAAGUGAAAUAUGUCGAUGCAAUUUCCUGUCUU